AUGGAUGGAAAAAUCUCUGAUGAAAUGCUGAUGAAAGAUGCUUCUGAUGCUGAUCUGGACAAUGAACUGGACACACAAGAAGAAUACAAGAAGAAAUGGUACCUGAUGAAGGCUAAGUAUGAAAUGUUUCUUAAAACACCUACCAACAAUGUGGACAGAGACACUACAACAAGUGACACCCAGCCACAGAAGAGAUACCAUCACCAACGUCCUGGUAUGAAAAGUGGGUUUGAGAAAGGACUACCUUUACCUACAGCAUCUACAAUAAUUGCUACAGACAGCUCUUCAGUGAAGAAGAAUAUAUACCUUUCAGAUAUUGGACAAGAUGCAGCAGAAGAAAUAGAGUUACUACUAGGAGCUGAUAUCUUGGGCCAACUGCUCACAGGUAAAAUUGAACAGCUAGAUCACACUCUGGUUGCUGUUCAGACUGUGUUAGGAUGGACAGUAAUGGGACAAUGUGGAAAAAGUUACCAGUCACUUAUUAGUAUUAGUUGCUUUGCUAAAAUGGACAUUUCAGAUCUAUGGCGUUUAGAUGUUUUGGGCAUCACUGAUCCAUCAGGUAGUAAAACAAAGGAGGCGAAUGCAUCAGAUGUUUUGAAGCAUUUUAACAAAACUAUUGUAGUAAAUAGUGAAAAUAGGUACGAGGUGACUCUUCCAUGGAUUGAAGGCCAUCCGGAGCUUAUGGACAACAAAGUUACAGCCGAGAAGCGACUACAUGCAGUGACCAAGAAGUUGAUUAAGUUAGAAAAGUUCAAUGAGUAUGAUCAGGUAUUUUCAGAGUGGUUAAAUUCAAACAUUAUUGAAAGGGUUGUUGAGUCCUCUGUAACUGAUAGACCUGUACACUACUUACCUCAUCACGCUGUGGUCAAAGAAUCCAGUUUGACUACUAAGGUUCGACCAGUCUUUGAUGCUUCUGCUGUCGAUAGUAGGGGGAAUUCUCUUAACUCUUGUUUGGAAAAGGGACCUAAUUUAAUAGAACUAAUUCCAGCUCUUCUAAUGAAGUUUAGAAAACACCCAAUAGGCGUUAUUUCAGAUAUUAAGAAAGCUUUCUUGCAAGUUAGUUUAACAGAAAGUGACAGAGACGCUUUAAGAUUUUUGUGGUGGAAGGACUAUGAUUCUAGAGAAAUAUCUGAGUUUCGACACUGUAGGGUGGUAUUUGGAGUUUCUUCUAGCCCAUUUUUGUUGAGUGCUACUUUAGCUCAUCACCUGGAGAACUCUCCUGAAACUAUGAAAGAUACGGCAAAUAAAUUGAAAGAGUCUUUCUAUGUUGAUAACUGUGUAACCAGUGUAGAGAGUGAAUAUGAACUUCAUCGAUUUGUAGAAGAAUCUCAGCUUCUUUUGUCAAAAGCCAAGUUUGAGCUUCAUAGUUGGGCAAGUAAUGUUUUGCUGCCAGAAGAAAUAUACAAGUCUGAAGAAAAGAAUAUGUAUCUCUCAGACAACUCGGUUCCUGUCUUAGGAUUAAUGUGCAAUGAAAUAUCUCUUAAUACCAAUGUUGAAGACUGGCGUCAUAUCCCUGGUGCUUACAAUGCAGCAGACAUUCCCUCAAGAGGCUGCAGUGGAAAAUCCUUGGCAGAAAAUAAAUGGUGGUUAGGUCCUGAAUGGCUAAAGCGUUCAAAAGACAUGUGGCCACGUAGUGAAGCUAUAGCAACAGCAGAUGAAGUAGAUCAAGAAAGGCGAAAAACUGUUGUUUCAUCUGUUUCAGUUAAAGAUCCUAAGUUCACUGAUCAGUUGAAUUAUUUUGAUCGAUUCACAAAGAACGUCAGGGUAAUUGGUUGGAUAUUCCGUUUCUAUAACAAUUUAAAAGGAAGCAAGACUUCUGGUGAACUAAAUGGAUCAGAAAUAGAACAUGCGGAAACAAAAUUACUGUGGUGUAUACAAAAGGAAUCGUCUCAAGAGUUAACAUCAAGAAACAAAAUGCAGACUUUUACUGAUGAAAAUGAUUUGUUAAGAGUGAAAUCAAAAUUGACUUUAAUGAACGAUGACGAAUAUUUUAAGUUUCCAAUAUUGUUGCCCUCAAACCAUGAGAUGACGAAGAAGCUUAUAGCAGAAAAGCACCGUCUACAUCUUCAUGCUGGGAUCAAUACUUUGGUGUCAAUUUUACGUCAAACAUUUUGGAUUUUGAGGUGUCGGAACUCUGUCAAAAAGAUAAUAUCAAGAUGUGUCAUAUGUAAGCGACACAAAGGAAAACCUCUUCAGUGUCCACCCCCUCCCUUGCCACUUGAAAGAAUAAGUGAUUCAAAAGUUUUUGAGACAACGGGUGUAGACAUUGCCGGGCCAUUGUUCUUAAAAGAAGGUAUAAAAGCAUACAUAGUUCUGUUCACAUGUGCUGUGUAUAGGGCGAUCCACCUCGAACUUACAACUUCUCUGUCUACAGAAGCUUUCAUUUCUGCUCUUCGUCGGUUUGUAGCGAGAAGAGGUCGUGUUGUCACAAUUUAUUCAGAUAACGGGAGGAACUUUGUUGGAACAAGUAAUCUUCUCAGACGGAUCAACUGGGAUGAAAUUGAAAAGUUUUCAUCUAUCCAGAGGAUUAAAUGGAAGUUCAACCCUCCUUCAGCGGCAUGGUGGGGCGGAUGGUGGGAGCGACUUAUUGGAGUGGUAAAGGAAAUUUUACGACGAAACUUGGGAAAUUCAUCAGUCACGCAGGAAGAACUCUCAACAAUUUUGUGUGAUUGUGAAGCAACUGUAAAUUCAAGACCUUUGACUUAUCUUUCGAAUGAUGAUGACUGUUUACAACCAUUAACUCCAGCCCUAUUCUUACAACCAACAUCAACAGCUGAAUUACCAGAUUUGGAUGAAAUUGAGUGUCUAAGUUUAAAUAAAAGAGUGUGUUAUAUAAACAAAUUAAGAAGAUCACUAAGAGACAGGUUUAAGAAAGAGUAUUUGGCUACACUCAUUCACAAUGGAAAAAACAAGAAAAGUAGAGAACCCAUUAUUGGAGAAGUUGUAUUGAUAGGAGAUGAUAACACAAAACGAAUAAGAUGGCCUUUGGGGUUGGUACAAGAUGUAUAUCCAGGAAGAGAUGGAUUCUCCAGAGUCGCAAGACUAAAAACUGGAAAUGGUAUUUUGACAAGACCACUACAAAGACUUUUUCCAUUAGAAAUCACAGCUUGUGAAAAAGAGUGUUUGAAAGAAAAUAAACCACUUGAAGAAGAAGAUGUUAUAGUUCAAAACGAAGGCUUUGAUUUCGCUAAGAAGAAAACCAGAUGUGGAAGAGAAGUCAAAGUGCCCGAGCGAUUUUACUGA